AUGGCGCUGGCUGUGGAUAGCUCGGCGAUCCCUGGCACCGUCACGCUUGUCGAUGUAGAGCAUAUGUUGCAUACUCGCCAUUUGGAAAGUGGCAAUGGAGAUAUCGUGCUGAUCCCGACACCCUCGCAUGACCCGGAUGAUCCGUUGAACUGGAGUCCCAAGAGGAAACUUUUGUCAACUGUCUGUGUGAGCGUAUAUACAUUGUUCGCCGGUAUCGCCACCUCCGUCCUCUACUCAGUGAUCACACCGCUCUCGAAACAGACAGGACUGCCGGUCAGCACUCUUAAUGAAGGCACGGGGUAUAUGUUUUUGUUGAUGGGAUGGGGUCUGCUCUUCUGGCAGCCCUUUGCAAUGCAAUUUGGCAAGCGAUUGACUUAUAUAUUGUCGUUGGCGGGCAUUUUGGGUACAACAAUGUGGGGUCCCUAUGCACACACCAACGGCCAAUGGAUUGCACGAAACGUCCUCUCUGGCUUUUUCACUGCCCCUAUCGAAGCCCUACCGGAGAUUACGGUGACCGAUGUGUACUUCACCCAUGAGCGCGGAACCUAUAUGGGGCUAUACGCCCUUUUCCUCGCUGGCAGUAACUCCUUUGCACCGGUGAUCUGUGGUUUCAUCGCCGAGUACCAGGGCUGGCGCUGGGUCUUCUACUGGCCCAGUAUCUUUGUUGGUUGUGCCAUGAUCUUCCUCUUUUUCUUCAUGGAAGAAACCAACUACGUUCGCGAACAUGUUGAAGAUGCCACUAUCGCCAACGUUCAACUGAGCUACUGCCACCGCUCUCACAGUGAUGACCCCGAGAAAGUCGUGCCGGUCUCUGACCAUUCUUCCCCGUCUGCGGAAACUGGCGUAUUCUACACCAAGAAGUCUUAUGUGCAGAAGCUCUCGCUUUUGGGCCCUCGCCAGAAGCAGAACACCAUGUUGCGUCGGAUUUGGCAGACUUUGAACUACCUGUCAUGGCCGGUGAUCUUCUAUGCUGGGCAUGCUUUCUCGUAUGGAUCUUACCUGGUUCUGUUCAAUAUCCUCAACGGAACUGCGUCGAUCAUUCUGGGAUCGGCCCCAUAUAACCUUAGUUCUUCUAUGGUCGGCCUCAGCUACUUAGCAUGCUGCCUGGGAGUUAUCUUCGGCUCCAUUUUCACCGGCCGAUUCAGUGACUGGCUGACGAUUAAACUGGCCCGUCGCAACGGCGGGAUCAUGGAGGCAGAGCAUCGUCUCUGGCCCUUCCUUGCCUGUUUAAUCCUCGUACCUGGAUCCCUACUGCUGUGGGGUGUCGGCGCUGCACACGAAGUUCAUUGGUUUGGUCUAGUCGCAGCUAUGUGCAUGUUAGCAUUCACCACUACCUGCGGCAUCACGCUAAGUGUCAACUACCUUGUUGAUAGCUACCGAGAACUGAGUGGCAUUGCAAUCGCUAGUGUGAUUCUGGUGCGGAACACAAUGUCCUUUGCCAUCGGUUACGGUAUUACGCCAUGGAUAAACAAUUUGGGCUAUCAGAACUGUUUCAUAUCGGCAGCUUUUGCUGGUAUGGCCUGCGCAGCCGUGUUUCUCGUGAUGAUCAAGUUUGGCAAGUCCUGCCGCAUUCGUAGUCGGGGGACGUACUGGAAGAUUGUGCAGGAAAACCUGGAGAAGGGAAUGGGGCACUAG